AUGACUACUCUCCCGAAGAUCUUCAUCACCGGCGCAACCGGCUACAUCGGCGGCGACGCCCUCUACGCCAUAUUUGCCAAGCAUUCCGAAUAUAAAUACACCGUGCUGGUGCGCUCUCCAGAGAAAGCCGAAAAGGUCCAAGUCCAGUACCCUUCUAUCCGGGUUGUCAUCGGCGAUCUAGAUGACUCUGCCCUUUUGGAGAAGGAGAGUGCUGAAGCUGAUAUCGUUUUGCACACCGCCGACGCCUCCGACCAUGAAGGCGCCGCGAACGCCAUCGCCAAGGGCCUAGAAAAAGGCCACAGCAAAGAAAAGCCUGGAUACUGGCUUCACACUGGCGGCACGGGUAUCUUGACAUUCCAUGACACGGAUCGGAAUGUGUUCGGGGAGGGUAGCGACAAGGUCUAUGAUGACUGGGAUGGAGUGGACGAGUUGUUGAACCUGCCGGAGCAUGCGUUCCAUCGCAAUGUGGAUCGGGUGGUGUUGGAGACGGCGAAGGCGAAGGGGGAUGUGGUGAAGACGGCAUUGGUGUGCCCGCCUACUAUUUAUGGACGAGGUCGAGGCCCCGUAUCCGUGCGCGGACGACAAGUCUACGAGCUGGCCAAGGUGACACUGCAGCUCAAGAAGGCGCCACUCAUCGGAGAUGGCAAGUCUAUAUGGAAUAAUAUCCAUAUCUAUGAUUUGAGUGAGUUGUAUGUCCUGCUUGUGGAGGCGGCUGUGCAUGGACGGGAUGAUCCUGAGCUGUGGGGGGAGAGGGCGUAUUAUCUUACUGAGAACGGGGAGCAUGUUUGGGGUGAGUUGGCUGUGGCGACGGCAUUGACGGCGACGGAGCUAGGCUUGCUUUCUAAUGUCGAGAAGGAGAAGAUUAGUUUGGAGGACGCGAAGAGGUAUGGUGGGUAUGAGGCGUUGAGUUGGGGGUUGAAUUCGAGGGGACGCGCCAGGAGAGGAGCCAAGGUGCUGGGAUGGACGCCGACACAGCCGAGUAUUGAGGCGACGCUGCCGGAGAUCUUGGAGGACGAGGUGAAGAGGAUGACUACUCAGACACAGAGGGUAUAGUGCGGAUGCAUGUGAAGGAUGGAGAUAUAGCUAGUUAUCCAAUUCGAUCUACACAUCACGGGCACUAUCCAAUGAACAGCUACACCUCCACCGGCGUAUCCACCCCUCUGAUCAACGUCUUAAUCCCUUCCCCCCUAGCCGUAGUCUCCCACGCCUCCACGGCCUCCUCAAACCCUACCACCUUAGUAAUGAACCUCCUCAGCGGAAUCCUCCCCUCCACAGCCAUCUGCAUCCCGAGCUUGUAAUCCCCCGGCCCAUACCGAAAACACCCCUUAACGACAACCUCCUUCGCAACCACCGUUCCAAUGGGAAAAUUCACAUUCUUCCUCCCCAGCCCCGUCUGCAUAAACGUCCCUCCAACCUUCACCACCUCUAUGCCCAAGUUAAUACAAGCCUCUGCCCCCGUAGCCUCAAUAACAAC